AUGGCUGACAAAGGCAAAAAGGGCAAACCCGGGCCAGCACCUGCCCCAGGGACCGCACCGGCGGCGGCGGAGCCCGCUCCUGCGGCGGCCAAGACCGAGGAAAAGAAAGAGGAGAAGCCGAAGUCGGUGCAGCCCAAGGAUGAGGUGGGAACGAGGAAAGGAUGUCGCCGCUACAGGUGGGAAUUCAAGGACAGCAACAGAGAGUUCUGGGUUAUGGGCCACGCUGAAGUCAAGAUCCUGAGCUUGGGCUGCCUAAUAGGUUCGCUGAUAAUGUUCACCGGCACCACUGUGCACCCUCUCCUGACACUCAUCAUCACCAUGGAGUUGUCCAUCUUCUGCUUCUUCAUCAUUGUCUACACCUUCGCCAUCCAGAGAUACAUGCCCUUCAUCCUGUGGCCAAUUUCUGACCUUCUCAACGACCUGUUUGCCUGCGGCUUCCUUGGGUGGGCCGUGUACUUUGCUGUGACAAGUCGGCAAACCAUGCCACUGCACUACGUUAUUGCUGUGGUCCUUAUUGGUGUGGCUGGACUUUUUGCUUUAAUCGAUGUAUGUCUUCAAAGAAAACACUUCAAAGGCAAGAAGGUCAGAAGGAAUGUGCUGAUUCCUCCAGGAAAGGAAAAAGAGGGUGAAAAGGCAAAGGAAGGGGGAAAACCAGGGGAAGGAGACAAGGGGAAGGAUAAAGGAGCAGCCCCAGCAGCCCCAGCAGCCAAGGGAGGCAAGAAGUGAGGCCGGGUCCCCGCAAUCGGAAACGGCAGUGUAUUUUACAACAAAACAGAUUUCCACUGUAUAACUUGUCUUCUCUGUAGAAUGAUCUUCUUUUCCAU